GAGCAUGAAAGACCACCGUUUGCAAGCCAUUCCGGCCCAGAGCUCGCAACGGCCAGCAUGCCCGCGAACGAUGACAGGAAAUACAUUGAGGGCAUUCAGAUCCCCAUCGUGAUGGGCUCAAUCGUCACAGCUACCUUCCUCGUCUUGCUAGACACCACUAUUAUUGCGACGGCGGUUCCCAAAAUCACAUCUGAGUUUCACUCGUUGCAGGAUAUUAGCUGGUACGGAUCCGCCUUCCAGCUCUCCAGUGCGGCAAUCCAACCCCUAGUCGGCAAGUUAUACACCCAGUUCAGCCUAAAAUGGGUAUUUCUCGGCUUCUUCUUCUUCUUCGAGCUGGGCUCCCUCCUCUGCGGCAUUGCAACCUCGUCAACCAUGCUCAUCGUGGGCAGAGCUGUCGGGGGCAUCGGAGCAGCUGGCGUCUUUGCGGGCUCCAUGACCAUUAUCGGAACGGCUCUGAGACCAGAGAAGAGGGCUUUCUUGACCAGUCUUGUCAUUGGAUGCUCCCAACUCGGCGUUGUCAUCGGACCUCUAAUCGGCGGCGCAUUCACACAGAAGGUGUCAUGGCGCUGGUGUAACACAGGCUUCUACAUCAAUCUCCCUCUCGGUGCCGUCGUCCUUGCCGGAACCCUCUUUGUCACCAUCACCGACCAAAUCCCCCUCCUGCCCUUCCGACAGGUCCUCCCGGUCCUCCACAAGAAACUCGACCUCGUCGGCUUCUGCCUGCUCUCCCCCGCGGCUGUCAUGCUGCUUCUCGCCCUUCAAUGGGGCGGAGCAAAGUACGCGUGGGACAGCGCGACUAUCAUCGGCCUCUUCUGCGGCUCUGGGGUGACAUUUUUGGUGUUCGUGGCGUGGAAUUGGCACAAAGGGCAGGAUGGGUUGAUUCCGACCGUGGUGGCAAGAAAUCGUAUCGUUAUUGCGUCAUGCUGUGUGGCCACAACGGUUAUGGGGUCGACGUUCUUGUGUUCGUACUGGAUGCCAGUAUACUUCCAGACGGUCAAGGGGAAGAAUCCGCUUGUGAGUGGGGUGGACAUGCUGCCCAACAUCUUGCCCAGUCUCGUUUUUGGAGUGUUGACGGGCUUCUUGAUCGGCAAAGUAGGGUUCUAUCUCCCCUUUGCCGUCGUCGGCGCCGCGAUCAGCACCGUUGGCGCCGGACUCCUAUCCACGCUACAUCCCAACUCGUCUACCAGCCACUGGGUCGGCUACCUCUUCCUGCUCAGCGUGGGGCGCGGCCUCGCCCAGCAAACGAGCUUCAUCGCCAUUCCCCAAGCCACCGUUCCUGAUCUCGUCCCCGUGGCCAUGUCCACGAUGAUCUUUAGCCAGUACAUGGGUGGGUCCGUAUUUUUGUCACUGUCCAACGUCAUUUUUAGCACCAGUCUGCGCUCCCAGCUAGCCAAGGAAGCGCCAGGCGUGGAUCCUGAAAUGGUGGUUAAGGCGGGCGCGUCGGCUGUGCGGGACAUAGGCAUCCCGGAGGAGCUGCUGCCGGGCGUGCUGCAGGCAUAUUGCACGAGCGUGAAUCGCGUGUUUUACCUCGCUGUGGCGAGUGGUGGACUGUUGUUUGUCUCGAGUUUCUUUUCUGGGUGGAUUGAUACGAGGAAGAGAGGGGACGCCGAAGGGACUGCGGAUACGACAAGUGCGGAUGAGAAGCUGCUAUAAGCAACGAAUGCGAAUUACAUUCUCUCUGGCUGUUAACCGCGAACCAUAUUAGCAGACAUAUGCAGCUGUAAAAACCCUUGUCGCAGAUAGCAGAUUUGGAAGUGCUUUAAUAUUGUUGCAGUACACGAGAUACUUAUUAGCCUAGCUUCAUUUUCCUGCCCGGACGUUACAAUAGACCCAACAGGGCUCAACGGCGCACUCCCACCGCCCCCUUCUCCCCGUUGCAUUGGACUAGACUUUUGCUCAAACCACCUCCAUGUAGCUAGCCUCCCCAGAACUCACGGGAGAGUAUCUGAUUAGUCCUUGUUCAUUUGUCACGGUCCUUUCCGGUCUCGUC